UCGUCCAAUCAGCAUCGUCUUCAUUUUCAACAAAGAGAGUCCUUAACGCCGGCUGAAUCAAUCAAUCAAAAAAAAAAAUCAACCACUUCAUCAUCAUCAUCGUCUCAGAUUUCGAAAAAUGGCAGCGAAGAUCUCCCAGCUUGCGUGUUUCUCCUCCACCAACCGCCAAUUCAACUUCCAGAACCGAUCGUUUCCAAACCUUAGGCUCCGCCCCGAGUCUUUUGUAGUUAGAUGCGUUGAUGGGAACAGCUCGGAAACACCAGCUUCUCUGAGCUAUGCAGCUGAGGUUUCGAAACCUUUCGUUGAGAAAACAUCUACAGUGGAUGAAACUACUACGGGUAAAGAGGAACAUGUUGGCUCAACACAGCCUAAAAGAGCAGCGAAGAUCCAUGACUUCUGUUUUGGCAUUCCUUAUGGUGGUCUGGUUAUGAGUGGGGGAUUGCUUGGAUUUGCGUUUUCAAGAAAUCAUACAAGUUUAAGUACUGGGGUUCUCUAUGGUGGUGGCCUUCUAGCUCUUAGUACGCUGAGCAUGAAGACUUGGCGACAGGGAAAAUCUAGUUUCCCUUAUAUUCUAGGUCAAGCAGUGCUUUCAGCUGUUGUCUUCUGGAAGAACUUCACAGCUUACUCUAUGACUAAGAAGCUCUUUCCUGCUGGGCUAUUUGCUGUCGUCAGUGCUGCCAUGUUGUGUUUCUAUUCGUACGUGGUGCUCUCUGGAGGAAACCCACCUCCAAAGAAACUUAAACCAUCUGCUACUACUAGUCCUUCAUACUGAAGAAACUUCACAUAGGUUAGAUUCAAAGAUGGAGAUCUUCUCUUUUGGUGGCUCUUGUGCGUUUGAUUCCUGGUGUAAUUUUAUACUUUUGACUUUUGAGGCAAUAACUGUGACCUGUUCUUUCCAAUGUCGUAAUUGAAAGUUUUGUUUACUGGUGACA